AUGAAGUUCGUCGUGGUCCUGGUUGCUGCUGGAAUAUUGGCCUUUCUCGGUGCGGUCAUCUGCAUCAUUGCCAGUGUCUAUCCUCGGUCAUCUGUGGCCGCACCCCACGCAUUGGCUGACAACGAGUCGUUGUCUUCUGAGUCUCUCCUGGAGAACCAAGAACCAGGAUCCGUGGCGCAUGCCGGUCCCCUGGGAGCUCUCCAUGGUUCUGAAUCGUAUGAAGCAGGUGGUUUCGAUCUCGGCCUAGGGAUACCCAAUCUCAACGAGCUGAGACCGGCUGAGGUAAAUGGUGGAAGCCGAAAAUCAUUCAGCUUCAGCCGACUCAUAUGUACGCCUAUUCAGCCGGAAGACUGCAAAUCGAAAGGCCUGAAACAGCAAGCAGAUGACCCAUACGCCGAUGAAGACUGGAACUAUCUUCGCGCAACUGCCGAGGAGCUCCGGCAAACCGUCAUGCAGCAGGACGACCAGAUCCUCAUGGAUCAGAAGACAAUACAGGAGCUCACUGGAAAGCUGUCGGAGUGUGAGAGUGGACUAGAAGAGAGGAGUCUCCCUGAACGGAGUGUCGGUGUGUGGACGGGCAACCGUCGCCUCAUGGCCGGGGAUGAUGUGGGUACAUCGGUUGCAGCGCAAUUACAGACUGCCCGGGCCGUAGAGGAGCUGGAGAAGGCCAUUCUCCAAUUGAAAGACCGCAUAGAAAAGUUAGAGUCAGAAAUAGGUCCAGCAGCACAGAACCACACAGAGGUCGCUGUGAAGGGCUUGGCGGGCAGCGUGUCUGCCGGCCAAGGCUCCCCUGCAGACACAGAGCACUGGCGUGUGGAGGACCUAGAGGGAGAACUGGAAAAGAAGAUAGAAAUGCUAGAGAAAGAAAGGAAAGCCUUGCGCAAGGAGACUCAGAACAACCACCAGCAGAUUGAUGAGGGGAUCAACUCCCUGCACAAUCGUCUCGCAGAGCUGGAACAGAGUUUGACAGAUUAUAGCUUCCCAGAGGGCUACAGGCUGUCUUUCCCUGUGCGGACUAACUACAUGUACGGUUUGGUGAGACGGAGCAUUCCGGAAAUGUAUGCCUUCACCGCCUGCAUGUGGCUGAAACCCAGUGAGGGAGGUAUUGGAACCCCCUUUUCCUAUGCUGUUCCGCAGCAGCCAAAUGAACUUGUCCUUCUGAAGGGAGUCCAUAGUCCGGUGGAACUUCUAAUCAAUGACAAGGUGGCACAGUUGCCCCUAUCACUGCCCAAGGGCAUUUGGCAGCAUAUCUGUGUGAGCUGGACCCUGCGAGAUGGAGUGUGGAAGGCAUACCAGGGUGGUAAACUGAAGGGGCGAGGAGAGGGCUUGGCAGCCUGGCACCCCAUUCGCCCAGGGGGGGUGCUCAUUUUGGGACAAGAGCAGGACACCCUGGGGGGUCGGUUUGAUGCGUCCCAAGCCCUGGUUGGUGAGCUUUCUCAGUUUAACCUAUGGGAUCGCCUGCUGUCUCUCCCUGAGAUAGCCAGUCUGGCAUCCUGCAGCGCAACAGGCAAGCUUGGGAACGUGGCACCCUGGACAGACCGUGACGUGGACGUUUUUGGUGGGGCCACUAAAGACCCUGUGGAUCCUUGUGCUAAUGGUUCAGGUCCACCACAGUGA